AUGGUUUGCUGCUUUCGCCUCUGGAGCAUUCAGGACCAGGCAGCUGAUGAAGAUGAGGUUAUUCAGAGGGGAAGCAUCACGCCCCACCUCGCCAAGGAGGAGCUAAAGAAUCUCGGCGGCACAUCUACGACCAACAAUACCCCGCAGCCCAAGAGCGGUCACGAUGGCUCGACUUGGUCUACCACUACCACGCUUGAGAUCGCCGAGGAGGUGGAGGAGGAGGAGGAGGAGGAGAGCGAGAAGGCGGCCGAGGUUCCCGAGGUUACCGAAACGGAACUUGAGGAUGCGCCGCAUGCGGAGGAACAGCCGCCGCAAGAGACGGAGACGCCCGAGGGAGUGCCCGAUGCCGGCAGCGACAAGGAUGAGAGCAAGGACGAUGACGCCGACAAGAACGCUACGCCCACGGAAGCUGCAGCGCCAGCCUCCGACGGCGACGGCGUGCUGGCCGCCCCCGCUCCCACCGCGGAAGAUGAGGCCGUGAAGCGCGUUGACGGCGACUUGACGGAUGGAGGCCUCCUGCUUACCCAGGUAAUGCGGGGAAACAGAAAGGUUGUCCGGCGGCUAGAACUUGAGAAAAAGAAGGGGGUUCUCAAGUGGGAAGUGGAUGCGCUCUUCGGCAUGAAGUGGGAGAAGGUCAAGCUCCCGGAGGCUAGGGUAAUGUCAACCGGUAGCCUGGUGAAGAUCGGCGUUGUCGGCAAGAGCGAAUUCUUUUCGUUCGAGGCCUGCGACGACCUGGAAGCAGGGGCCGUCUGCAAGACUCUCGUCGCCCACGCCAUGAAGCACAAGGAGCCAGGCAGCGAUGACGGAGGGGCAAGCGAAGCCGACAAGGAAGCCCAAAAAGUCGAGGACGGGGCGAAGAAGGAGGAGACCUUGCCCCGAAAGGGGUCUGCUGGGGAGACCGCGGCCACGGCUGCCGAGACCCUGGCUUCCUGAAAUCGGUUCGGACGGGCGUUGAGGAAAGGGGUGUUCUCAGGGUGAUGGAAUGGAAGGAAGGAAACAAGUGGCGAUCUAGGGGUGAAGGAGCGAUUUUCCCAACCCUCCUCCUGCGAGACACCCGCUGCUGUGCGAUGGGUGAUGAUCAGACCAGAUCCUCGUAGACCACUGCCAACAAAAUGCGAUCCUUGAUGGACCGCGGCUGUAGGCUGUUUUUUUGGUUUACUGGAAAGCCCUCGAUUCGUUGCUGCUUGUUGCAUUGGAUUAGGAUACAGGGGUGCUUGGACUGAGUCGGAGCAAAAGGCAGAGACGGACUGCAUGCACUCCCGUCCGGUGCCGCCUCAUUUUUUGUUGUUGCCCUUAUCCUACGUGAAACAAAUCCCUUUGCAUUUUUAUGUUGAAUUUGAUUGGUCAUGAAACCUCUAGCAAGCGUCGAGCUCCGACCUUUUAGGGGGGGCUUGUUUUCGUGAUUUUCCUCAUGUACAGUAGGCCUUUCCGUUCGUAAGUGGCGUUUCUCGGUUGUAUCAUGUUUCUCACUAGUGCCUCGGGUGGCCUUUGGAUGACGUUGUAUAGCAUGUUUUGUUUGCUUGUUUGGGGGGGGGGGGAAGAAUGUUGCCCCUCCAGCUUGUUUUUCGGCCCUAUUGAUCAGCCGGUCGAUGCGGGGGCGUCUGCUGCCCGAUCCGAAUCGCAUUCGACAACAACAACACCUGCAGGUCGUAUAUUGCAGUGUUGUGCUGGAUGAGUUUUGUACUCCAUUGUUAGGAGUUG